AUGUCAAACGCGCCACUCGAUGCAACCUAUACAGGUUUCAUCAAAAACACCGUCGAUGCUCUCCUGGUCUUCGAAGCCUGCUUGUCUGGUAACCUUCAGCAUGUGGCUCGACGACCACACGACCGGGAACGCCAGCAACUGAUCACAAGCGGAUCAGUAUUCGUCUACGAAGAACACGCCUCCGGGAUCAAGCGCUGGACUGACGGUGUCAAUUGGAGCCCAAGCCGAAUCUUGCAAAAUUUCCUGGUGUACCGGGAAAUGAACCAACCCUUUCCACCAGGAAAGAAGAAGCAGGCUAUGAAGAGGGACAAGAAGCCGCAGACUGGGGUUACCAAGGCUUACAAUCAACGAUCACGGGCCACAAGUUUCUCCAACAUGCCGAAUGGCUCUGCUGGCCCUGGCCCUGGAUUCGGUGCUGGCCCUGGAUUUGUUGCCGACCCUGGAUUUGAUGCUGGCCCUGGAUUUGGUGGCGGUGCUAGUACCGUUGCUGGUUUUGGUGCUGGUGAGCUUGGGGACGACGACCGGGAUCUGGUAGGGUCACUCAUUGACUCCUACGAUUUCAAGCCCAAUAGUCUUCUCAAGAAGACUAUUACCAUCACGUACAACGGCAUCCUCCACCACCUCGUUAGCUACUAUACUGUUGAAGAUGUCAGAUCAGGACGUCUUCUGAGACCUUCCCAGCACCCCAUACUUCGGAAACACUGUAUUCGAGAGGAACUCAUCAAUUCACAGAGUUUCCGUACACCGGUACAUGAAGAGCUGACUUCAGACGAGGAGAGACAACUCUGGCACUCACGGCAGGCCAUAAUGCCGCCACGUGAUCAGUUCACAUAUGCCGCCUAUCCCUACUCCGUCUACCCCCAGUACAUCCAGGCACAUUAUGACCCCGCAAUCCCUAAUGCCCCCGCACUCCCUAAUGCCCACCAACCUCAAGGUUUUGGUGUUGAGCACCAAAAUGUCUACGCCCCGCCACCCCCCCACAACAACAAUUAUCACCAUCACCAUCCUGGCGGUUACUGA